AUGAGCGAUAGGGGAUGUUUUAGUUACAUAGUAGGUGGUACGAUAAAAGGUAUAAUAAUAGGAGGAAUAUUGGGAGCUCUCGGAGGUCUGGCAACGAGACAAAGUUCGAGAGGUGUUAUUAUAACGGCCAUGCAAGGAGCACAAUUUUUAGGAAUCGUUAAAUUAAUUAUCGGAGCAUUGUUAUCUCCAUCGAAUUGGGCAAGAAAUUUUCCAGAAUGUUCUGGUAAUAUGCAAUCACCGAUAGAUAUAUCGAUAAAAAAUUUAGAAAAAAGAAAAACACGAUUACCACUCACGUGGGAUAAUUAUUCUAACGUACCUAAAACUAUGAUAAUUGAAAAUUCAAAACAUUCCGUACACGGUAACGGUUUAUGGGGAAGAGUAACGGAUACGCCAUCAAUAACAAACGGACCGUUGGAAAAUCGUUAUUUUUUUUCACAAUUUCAUUUUCAUUGGGGAAAAGAUUCUUCAAGUGGUUCCGAACAUACAAUCGAUGGUAAAAGGUAUCCUCUUGAACUUCAUAUUGUCCACGAUAGAGAAACCGAACCUGAUGAUGAUUUAGAAUUGGAUGAUUCUCCAACGGAUUUAGUCGUCGUAUCAUUCAUGUUCGAGGUAUCCGAUAAAGACAAUCACAAUUUGAGAAAUUUUCUACAAAGUGUUAAAGAAGUCGAAGGAAGCGAAAAGAAAAAAGGUUUUGUUAAACCUUUUGCACUUGAUGACCUCAUCGAAACCUUUUCUUCCGAUUAUGUUACUUAUAAGGGUUCCCUAACGACUCCUCCAUGUUCUGAAGGUGUCGUCUGGAUCAUAAGUUCCAAACCAUUACCCAUUUCCGAACGUCAAUUGGCAAUAUUGAGAAGAUCGGUUAGAAGCGAUAAUGGAAAUUUAAUACAAAAUUUUAGACCGUUACAAAAUCGAAACGGAAGAGAUAUGUAUUACGUAUAUAAUUAA